CCCUUUUUCUUUUUUUCCCAGUUUUGAACUAUCAAGAUUUAAGAUUUUAGAAGAAGAAGAAGAAGACUCAAGCAUGGCUAUAGGGGUGGAAGCACUGCCAUUAACGUUUGUUGCGCAUGCGCUUGCUGCUGCUGCUGCUGUUAUGGUCUUGGUUUGGAAUCUAUAUUAUAGAGGUGGCUUAGCAUGGGAAGCCACUAACAAGAGUCUCAUCUUCAAUCUUCAUCCUGUUCUAAUGCUAAUUGGCUUGAUCAUCAUAGGAGGUGAAGCCAUUAUGAGUUACAAAUCUCUUCCUUUGAAGAAAGAAGUGAAGAAAGUAAUACAUCUUGUACUCCAUGCCAUUGCUAUAAUACUUGGUAGCGUUGGCAUUGCUGCCGCAUUCAAGAAUCAUAAUGAGAGUAACAUUGCCAACCUAUACAGCUUGCAUUCAUGGCUUGGCAUAUCCAUCAUUUCCCUUUAUGGUUUUCAGUGGAUAUAUGGGUUUAUUGUGUUCUUCUACCCCGGAGGGUCUACAAUAAUAAGGAGUGAGUCUCUCCCCUGGCAUGUGCUAUUUGGGAUUUUUGUAUAUAUUUUGGCUGUUGGCAAUGCUGCCUUAGGGUGUUUGGAGAAGCUUACUUUCCUUGAAAUCUCUGGAAUUGACAAGUAUGGUCCUGAGGCUUUGCUUGUCAACUUCACUGCUGUGGUUACAGUAUUAUAUGGUGCCUUUGUUAUAUUAUCAGUUCUUGGCCAGGCUCCCGUAGAAAACGACGAUAAAUAAGGCCUGUUUGUGUGUACAUGUAUAUAUUCCAUUAGCUGAAUUUUUAUUGAAGCUAUGACAUCUAGUUUUUGUAUCUGUACAUGUAAGAUUAUGAGCAUCAUCAUUAAAUAAUAAUAAUAAUAAUAAUAAUGGAGCUUAUGGUACUAAA